UGUGAGAAAGAAGGCGGCAGCCGCGGCGCGGUGCAGUGCGCACGCGCGGGCGGUUCUCCCUGCUGAAGGGUCGCGAGGCGGACCGGGGCGGCCUGCUGGGUCGGAGAGGAGCGGGGUCGGGAUGGACGAGGACGUGCUGACCACGCUUAAGAUCCUCAUCAUCGGCGAGAGUGGAGUGGGCAAGUCCAGCCUGCUCUUGAGGUUCACAGAUGAUACUUUUGAUCCAGAACUUGCAGCAACAAUAGGUGUUGACUUUAAGGUGAAAACAAUUUCAGUGGAUGGAAAUAAGGCUAAACUUGCAAUAUGGGAUACUGCUGGUCAAGAGAGGUUCAGAACAUUAACUCCCAGCUAUUAUAGAGGUGCGCAGGGUGUUAUAUUAGUCUAUGAUGUCACAAGAAGAGACACCUUUCUUAAACUGGAUAAUUGGUUAAAUGAAUUGGAAACAUACUGCACGAGAAAUGACAUAGUAAACAUGCUAGUUGGAAAUAAAAUUGAUAAGGAAAAUCGUGAAGUUGAUAGAAAUGAAGGCCUGAAAUUUGCACGAAAGCAUUCCAUGUUAUUUAUAGAGGCAAGUGCAAAAACCUGUGAUGGUGUACAAUGUGCCUUUGAGGAACUUGUCGAAAAGAUCAUUCAGACCCCCGGACUGUGGGAAAGUGAGAACCAGAAUAAAGGAGUAAAGCUAUCACACAGGGAAGAAGGCUAUGGAGGAGGAGCGUGUGGUGGUUAUUGUUCUGUGUUAUAAACUCUGGAAAAACCCAUCUCUUGCAUAUUUGAUCAGAUAGUAACAUCAUUCUGUAUAUAAACUCUUUAACUGCUAUUUUAGGGACCUUGCAGUUUGCACAUACUUGUUUUGUAUCAUGACAGUAAAUAUUUGCGGGAAAUCCCACUCAUCGGCUUUUCCAGGUAACGUGUUACGAUAAGCAUGCAGUUUGCAGUCUACAGUUUUUUAUGUAACAUAAAAUAGGUGUACCUUUAUAAGUACAUUUCAUUUUAUGGUUUACAUUUAUCAUGUAAUUUUUAAAAAUCCUCCUUAGUAUAUGUUGAUACAAGGUCUGCUUUUGAUCUCCUUUUUGCUUAAGUACUCCUCUUGAUUAUUGGAACUCCCAGAAACACUGGGAGGCAUACAUAUGUCGUCAAACCUGGCAAAUUUCCUUUCAGGAAUAACAAAGAGCAUGAUCCCACAGCUUUUCUAGGAUGUCUGCUGACAGAUUCUCUUUUAGCAUUAAGAAAAACUCUCAUUACAGGAAGUAGCCCAGGCCAAUUUAUAAUUCAAUUUCUAUUUGUUCUGAUGAUGCUUCCAAAGCAGCGUUGAUCUGUUAAAGCAGUUUGGUCUUACUUUUUAAUUUACUUCAAUGAGUAACUCAGUUGUUGGCCUGGAGUUUUUAACCCUGUGGUCUGUAUGUUGGACUCAUGGCCCUCUUGUGUGGCAUUUUUAGUUCUGUGGUGGUUGGCAGUGACAGUAAGAUUUUCCCCCGUUUUGGUUUCACAGGGACAUGAGUAGUGUGUUCAUUGUAACUCAUAUAGUUCUGCUGACUUUGAAAACCAACCCCCUUUUGUCAUAAAUGUUGUUAGUGUUUGUGUAAGUACCUCAAUUGUAACUUGUUUAAUGUUUAUGAAUAUAUGUAUCUUAAGACUUCCGUAAAUGGCUAGUUGAUACUCAAAAACCUAUUUCUGUGUUUUGAGGGGUAGGAGGAAAAAUAACACUAACCGACAAUUUGAGAAAGGCUUUUUGCUUCCAGAUUCUGAUAUGUGUGGGAAAAUAACUGUUGCAAUGAAAAUCUUGAUAAUUUACUGUAACCGGUACAACUUGUACAGACUAAUAAAUUUUUUCCACAGUA